AAGAAGAAUACAGUCUCUAGUAUGACAAGGAUAGAAACCCGGGAACGACUCAUGGGUAAGAUUGUCAAGGCGCGAGCUACAUUAGCAUCAAGAGAAGGUGAUGCCGGUUCACAGCGCCGCCAACGCCAACGCACCUCUCCAUCCGAUCACUACCAUAUUUCCAAAUACGCGACAACUUCAUUUGAUCUCACAGGAUGGCUUAGUGAACUACCAGAAGAUGAUCUAGCAGUAGACUUUAUCCCUAAACUCAAAGAUCAUCUUCUCGGACGUAUUCGUGGGAUUGAGUACACUGGAGAUGAGCUUGAAUUCACUGACGAAGAACGCGCCCAGCUAAUCAUCGCCAACAACAAAAUCUACGAGCACAACGUCCUCCGC